GUGACAUAGUCUAGCUCCUUUCUUUUGAGGUCAGAUGCCGGGUCCUUGCAAUAUCAAGAAGAAGAAAAAGCAGCUGGCUAAACGCGAGAAGGCACUCGUGCCGCUACAGAAGUCAUCACCACCACCGGUCACAGAACCCGAUACACCAUGUUUUGACUGUGAUGACCACGGCGAAUCGCUACCAGCUACGCCCAAUAUAUACGAUCCUGGUACUGGACCUCGAGUUCGCAGUGCAAGAGAAUUCUUAUCGUCCUUUUUUGCCCAACCACCGUCUUUAAAUGACCCUUUAUGUGCAGAAUUCGCGCAGGAAGAGAUACUGCAGAUGUUGUGCACGGUACUUCCUGAAGACACCGCUGUCAUUCUAUGGUACAACAAGAGUCGAGCAAAGGGGCGGGUAUGCCCUUCGUGUCGACGGUUGUACAAUCUAGGGGACGUCCUUCCGGAUCUGAUUCAGGACAGUUCGGAAUUCACUCUGGAACCCCGAUCGCCAUACCUAGCUCGAGAGCAGGUCAUCUCCGGUCUGUGUUCUCCGCUCUGUUUCAUUAUGGCGUCGUUUAAUCAUCCUGGAGCGAUCAAGACGACAUGGGGACGCGUCGCAGAGGAGAUGGAUGAUGUCACGUGGGAGUUGUUGAAUGAACCCGGUGUCGGCAUCGGUGACGAGGGCCUGGGACUGCUGCUGAAGAUGACGCGACUGGACGACCUGGGACUUGCCCAGCUGUGUCUUCCUGAUGCUGUUAUAUAAUAUGUGAUUAUGUAAUGAUGUGUUUGUUGAGUGGUGGGAAAGCUGCUUAGUGUACGAUUCACACGGUUGGAAAGUGAGAGA